CCCGCCCCGCCCCUGGUAGUCCCAGCAUAAAACCGCCGGUUCCCGGCUCCUCCGCGAAAGCAAACUUCCCGCGCCGGCGGCUCCGGUUCCAGGGUCCGGCCCGCGCACCCCCCAGGCCCGGACUCUGGCUCAACACCUGUGACUUCACGUGUGCGCGCUGCCACAUCUGUACUCACACCCAUCGCCACCUUUGCCAAGGAAUCCACACCUGGGCAACGUUGUGGCUGGCUAUAAGCCCUCGCCCCGCGUCUGUGACCCCAACGCCUGUAACGACUGGGCCACGUUGACACCUGGCCGCGCUUCUGUGGCGCCCCGGAGCUACCUACCCCCGCCCCAGCUGACUACCAUGGCCGCCGACCCUGAGAGGGGGACCCCGCGCGUGCUUUUCGCGGACUGGCUUCUGGGUGAGGUCAGCAGCGGCCGCUACGAGGGGCUGCGGUGGCUGAACGGGGCCCGCACGCUCUUUCGAGUGCCCUGGAAACACUUUGCGCGCAAGGACCUGGGCGAGGCGGAUUCCCGCAUCUUCAGGGCCUGGGCCGUGGCCCGCGGCAGGUGGCCGCCCAGGGGGGGCACGGGAGACCCGCCAGCGGCUGCCGAGGGCCCGCUCCGGGCCAGCUGGAAGACCAACUUCCGCUGCGCCCUGGACAGCACGAAGCGGUUCGUCAUGCUGCAGGACAACUCCGGAGACCCCACCGACCCGCACAAGGUGUUUGCCCUCCGGUCUGCCCUGGAGCGCAGAGAAGGUCCGGGCACCAGCCAGAGGGAGGACAAAGCCCUUGAAGACGCCCCGCCCAUGGGGGCUGCGCUGCUGGGUCUGUGCCCCGCCGGAGGCGCUGCUGAGAGCCUGGGGCCCAGGCCAGCGGGGCCGAGCCCCGUGCCCUGCGCCCCUCGCCCCCUCCCGGGCCCGGCGGACUGUGCGGAGGACCUCCUGCUCCAGGCCCUGCAGCAGAGCUGCCUGGGGCAGCAGCUGCUGGACGCUGUGCAGGGGGCAGACCCAGGCCCCCCGGAGGUUUCUGGUGCAGAGCUCCCUGCCCAGGAGAUGUGCCUUCAGCCGGCUGUGCAGGCGGCCCCCAGCCCCGGGUCCCAGUUCCAGGCCCAGGUGACAGGCCCAGCCCCCGAGACCUGGCAGCGCCCUCUGGAGGCAGAGCCCUGCGCCCCAGUGGUGGGGCCCCCCUGCCCAGUGCUGCAGCCCCACGCGGAGCUUGGCCCGGGCGCCCUGCACGUGACCAUCCUGUACAAGGGCCGGACGGUGCUGCAGCAGGUGCUGGGGCACCCGAGCUGCGUGCUCCUGUACGGGACGCCGGACCCGGCCACCCGGGCCUCGGCGCCACAGCUGGUGGCCUUCCCCAGCCCCGCGGAGCUGCCGGACCAGAAGCAGCUGCAGUACACGGAGACGCUGCUGCAGCACGUGGCCCCGGGCCUGCAGCUCGACCUGCGGGGGUCGGAGCUGUGGGCCCGGCGUGGGGGCAAGUGCAAAGUCUACUGGGAGGUGGGCGGCCCCCUGGCCUCGGACAGCCCCUCCAGCCCCGCCCGCCUGCUGCAGAGGAACCGCGACACCCCCAUCUUCGACUUCAGCACCUUCUUCAGGGAGCUGCUGGAAUUCCGGGCUCGCCGGCGCCAGGGAUCCCCACACUACACCAUCUACCUGGGCUUUGGGCAGGACCUGUCGACCGGGAGGCCCAAGGAGAAGAGCCUGGUCCUGGUGAAGCUGGAGCCCUGGCUGUGCCGCGUGUACCUGGAGGGCGCCCAGCGGGAAGGCGUGUCCUCCCUGGACAGCAGCAGCCUGGACCUCUGCCUGUCCAGCUUCAACCUGUUUGAGGAACUGGAGCAACUCCUGAUGGACUUCGAGCAGACAGAGCAGGCCGGGCUGGGCCCCUCCCCGAUGCAAUAAAGAGGACCAAGAACUGG